AUGGCCAACCACAUCGUGCUCUACACCGGCGCCAAGAUGCCCAUCUUGGGGCUGGGCACCUGGAAGUCCCCUCCAGGCAAAGUGACGGAGGCUGUGAAGGUGGCGAUUGACCUUGGGUACCGUCACAUUGACUGUGCCCACGUGUACCAGAACGAGAAUGAGGUGGGUUUGGCCCUCCAGGCAAAGCUGCAGGAGAAGGUGGUGAAGCGUGAGGACCUCUUCAUCGUGAGCAAGCUGUGGUGCACGUAUCAUGACAAGGACCUGGUGAAAGGGGCCUGCCAGAAGACGCUCAGCGACCUGAAGCUGGACUACCUGGACCUCUACCUCAUCCACUGGCCCACGGGCUUCAAGCCUGGGAAAGACUUCUUCCCAUUGGAUGAGGACGGCAACGUGAUUCCCAGUGAAAAAGAUUUCGUGGAUACCUGGACGGCCAUGGAAGAGCUGGUGGACGAAGGGCUGGUGAAAGCUAUUGGAAUCUCCAACUUCAACCAUCUCCAAGUGGAGAAGAUCUUAAACAAACCUGGCUUAAAAUACAAGCCGGCGGUUAACCAGAUUGAGUGCCACCCAUACCUCACUCAGGAGAAGUUAAUCCAGUACUGCAACUCCAAAGGCAUUGUGGUGACCGCCUAUAGUCCCCUUGGCUCUCCCGACAGGCCCUGGGCCAAGCCCGAGGACCCUUCCAUACUGGAGGACCCCAGGAUCAAAGCGAUUGCAGACAAGCACAAUAAAACCACAGCCCAGGUGCUGAUCCGAUUCCCCAUGCAGAGGAACCUGAUCGUGAUCCCCAAGUCAGUGACGCCUGAACGCAUUGCUGAGAACUUCCAGGUCUUUGACUUUGAACUGGACAAGGAGGAUAUGAACACCUUGCUCAGCUUCAACAGGGACUGGAGGGCCUGUGCCUUGGUGAGCUGUGCCUCCCACAGGGAUUACCCCUUUCACGAGGAGUUUUGA